AUGGUUGGGACAUUAAGUUACGUCGGAUGGGCAGGUUUCGGGGUUUUAGCUAGAGGAUUUCAACUUGGUAUUUUACGUAGACCUUGGGGCCAUUUUAAAAUGGGUUAUGUUUAUUCAGCUGCUCUUUGGACCGGUAUAGGCUAUUUCUUCUACAAGGUUGUUGAUGCUGAAGAUGAGAUUUUGAAUGAACGUGUUAAGAAGCUCCAUGAGGCAAGAGCCAGAAGAAAACAAGAAGCUGCCGUUCCAGCUGCUGAGAAUUGA